ACACAGUAGGGUCGGAUCGGUCGAACGUUUGAGUUUUGCAGCUGAUGAUCUGUCUCACAUAGAGAGAUGCAAACGUCUUAUGAGAAUAUGUGCGCGUCAUGGUGACAGUGGAGGCGCCAGCAGCGGCUUGCCUCCGGUCGUGCUCUACUUAAGCGAUCACAUUCCCUGAGCAGUGAUUAGAGACUCUUUAUUCUUAAUUUUCUCCGGUCAAGAAUCUACACGUUCUAGCCAUUCAGCACCAAAAUGGAUUUCCUGAAGUCUAACGUGCCCUUUCCCGACCUCGGGGAGUUGUCUUCCGCGACAGUCACCAAGCUCGGAUCCCUGAUCAAGAGUGAUCCUCUGCUGCUCAAGAAUGCAACCGAGAUGUUCACUCAGGCUGGCUCCAAGCAGAACCUGGGGAGCUUCCUGUCGAAUCUGAGCAAGCUCACACGCACCGCUCCCACCUACAAUGCCGACGCCAAGGGAACCAGCGGCGGCAGUCUUGGGAUCCUGACCAACCUGAUCGAGCCCUACGUCAAGACGCCGGCCGGCCAGGCAUUUUUCCAGAAUGAGCAAGUCGACCAGGCCUUCCAGGCUAUUCUCAAAGACUGGACGGUGUACCUGCAGUCUCCGGAAUCAGCCAACGUACUGAACGACCAGCCAGGCGGCUGGUUCAGCAGCGAGGCGCUCAGCGACGAGAGGCUAAAGGACUUUGAAGACGACUUCGAAUGCAACAUCAAGACGGAUCACUGGGGGUUCAAGUCCUUCGACGACUUCUUCACCCGCAGGCUCCGGGACGGCCGCCGACCAGUCGCCGACCCAGAGGACGACACGAUCAUCGUGUCGCCCUGCGACGCGACAAAAUUCCUGAUCCAGAAUGACAUCCAGUCCAAUGACACCUUCGACAUCAAGAGCCAGCAGUACUCGCUCAGCAAGAUGUUAGACGGCGACGAGCGGGCCAACGACUUCAUCGGCGGGACGAUCUACCAGGCCUAUCUGGGCCCCAUGAACUACCACAGGUGGCACGCGCCUGUCUCGGGCAAGAUCACCGGGAUCAAGAACAUCCGCGGCGGAUUCAACCCCAUGGUCUACCUAGGCAAGGACGCCGCCGGCUCCUCGACUGACUCGCAGACCGGCGCGGGCAGUGACUAUCCCGGCCUGAAAGGCGUCCGUGGCGCAUGGAACCCCAUGUCUAGCUUGCCCCAAGACGCGAUUCCAUCGGGCAAGUCGCAGAAAGAGGCGGAGAGCGACUAUCCCGGGCUCAAGGGCGUCGUACGUGGCGGCUGGAACCCGAUGUCUAACUUGCCCCAAGACGCGAUCCCUCCCUCAGCGUCCGCUCUGACAUAUGCGGCCCACGAAGCGACCCGAACUCUAAUCUUCAUUGACAACAAGAAGCUGGGCACAGUCGCAUGCGUCUUUGGCGGUAUAAUGGAGAGAAGCUCCUGCGAGCCGACGGUGUCGGUCGGCGUUGAUGUCAGCAAGGGUGACCAGCUUGGCCUGUUCCAUUUCGGGGGCAGCACGCACUGUCUUAUCUUUCGCCCAGAGAUCAAGCUCUCUUGGACGGCUGGGGAUGAUGUCAAGGUCAACCAGAAGCUGCUCUCUCUGCCGCCGCCGGCAUCCGUGCAAUGAGUUGCCGUUCAGAUGGGUAUUGUUGGAAGGAACUAUGCUCUAUGGACCUUCUCCUUAUACUCGCCAGGUUUUUGUAGGCGAACCCUGAUGUUUUUGCAAUCUCGCUGUGUAUAGUUUCUGCUUUGAGACAAU